CUCUUCUUCUCUCCCAAUAAUCCUUUCCUCCUGUCCUUCGUUCACUCGUUCUAUAUAUUCUCCUCCUUCUUGGCGAUUCCUGUUCCUUCGCCUCGUUUAUAUUUGUUUUUUAUUUCUUUUCUUCACUUGUUGAUAUCCACUCGCUCACAUACGUUCGUUCCACAAUGAAGUCCUUUGCCCUCCUGCCGGUUCUCGCGGGCAUCGCGGCGGCCACCACCGCCCCUGAGAUCGUCAUCAAGGGUUCCAAAUUCUUCUACUCUAACAACGGCACUCAAUUCUAUAUCCGUGGUGUUGCCUACCAACCCAACUACGAUGGCGUCGGUACCACCACCUCCGCCGGCGAAGUGGACUUUGUCGACCCCCUGGCCAACGAGACCAUCUGCAAGCGCGAUCUGCCCUACCUGACGGCCCUCAACACCAACGUCGUGCGUGUGUACGACGUGGACCCGGACGCCGACCACUCGACGUGCAUGAACCUGUUCGCCGAGGCCGGCAUCUACGUGCUGGCGGAUCUGUCGUCGGCCGACUACUCGAUCGACAGCUCCGACCCGGAGUGGACGACGACCCUGUACAGCUACUACAACAGCGUGGUCGACUCGCUGGCCAACUACACCAACACCAUCGGUUUCUUCGCCGGCAACGAGAACUCCAACAGCGUCAACACCACCGGCGCCAGUGCCUUCGUCAAGGCCGCCGUGCGCGACACCAAGGCCUACAUCUCCUCCCAGGGCUACCGCAGCAGCCUGGGUGUCGGCUACUCGGCCGCCGACGUCUCGGAGAUCCGCGACUCGCUCGCCGAGUACUUCAACUGUGGCGACUCGGCCGACCGCAUCGACUUCUUCGGCGACAACGUCUACGAGUGGUGCGGCGACUCCAGCUACACCGAGUCCGGCUACGAUGAAAUCACCGCCUUCUUCAAGAACUACUCCGUCCCCUACUUCUUCUCCGAGUACGGCUGCAACACCGUCCAGCCGCGCACCUUCACCAACGUCCCCGUCAUGUACGGCGACGAGAUGAACGACUGGAUGUCCGGCGGCAUCGUCUACGAGUACUUCCAGGAUGACAACGACUACGGCCUGGUCACCAUCUCCGACGGCGCCGUCAGCACCCUGACCGACUACGCCUCCUUCUCCAAGGAGAUCGUCACCGCCACCCCCACCGGCACCAACUCCGCUAGCUACACCCCGACCAACAGCGCCGCCUCCUGCCCGACCGUCGGUGCUGACUGGGAGGCCGCCAGCGCCCUGCCCCCGACCCCGGACGCCGCCCUGUGCGAGUGCAUGGUCGCCAGCCUGUCGUGCGUGGUGAAAUCCUCCGUCAAGUCCGCCAAGUACGCCGACCUGUUCGACACCGUCUGCGGCUACGGCGUGUGCGCCGGUAUCGACACCAACACCACCUCGGGCGUCUACGGUGCCUACUCCAUGUGCACGUCGGAGCAGCAGCUCAACUUCGUCCUCAACGAGUACUACGUCGAGCAGAAGGCUGCCGGCAACGGCGCCUCCGCCUGUGACUUUUCCGGCUCUGCCACCACCACCGCCAGCACCUCUGCCACCGGCACCUGCGCCUCCCUGCUCAGCGCAGUCGGCACCGCGGGUACCGGCACCGUCACCGCCGCCGCCGCCUCGGGCACCGGCUCGUCCUCCUCGUCUUCCUCCACCAGCUCCUCGGCCGGUCUGCCCCGUCUGGCUAGCCAGAGCGUCAACCUCGGUUUCGGCCAGUUGGCUGUCUUUAUCUUCACUGCCGUUCUCUCCGGCACCGGCAUGAUCCUGCUGUAAUCGUUUCUUCUCUGUUUUUGAUAUUAUCGGUAUAUAUACUACUGUCAUUCCUUGUCUGUAUAUUGUGUAGUGUAUACUAUGAUCUUUAGCACUGUCAUUAAGUGGGGGUAGAUGAAUAUAUUGUAUUCCUAAAGCCCUAGUCUACUAUGAUAGUAGAAAUAUAGGCAGGCUAUCUAUAAAGGAACAAUACAUGAAAAAUAGUAGUCUAUACCCUAUUUGAUGGAUAUAAAUGUUCAGCUCUAAAGGUUAGUAUUUUCAUAUCCUCUUCCUUUAGUUUAAUUAUUUUAUCUUUCUACUAUAGAAUUAAAGAGAGUGAUACACC